AUGGCAAGGCUGUUUGUUGUGUGCUUGGUUAUCCUUACCUUCGCCACGGCCGUGGCGACGUCGAGGGCGCCAAUAACAGCGGCGGCGGGCGGCGCCGAUGACUGCGACGGCGACGUGCAGGCCCUGGUUGCCAACUGCCAACAGUACGUCCAGUUCCCGGCGAACCCGAAGAUCGACCCGUCGGCGGCCUGCUGCGGCGUGAUCCAGAACGCCGACAUACCGUGCCUGUGCGGCAAGGUCACCCCGGAGGUGGAGAAGUUCAUCUGCAUGGACAAGGUCGUCUUCGUCGCCGCCUACUGCAAGAGGCCCUUCAAGGCUGGCUCCACCUGUGGAAGCUACCACGUUCCUCCGAUCGCAUAA